CCAAUGCCCUAGCUUACUCUGACUCCUCUUCCUGCACUUCUGUUAUCCUACAUCGUCUCUCUCUCCCUUGUACAGCACGAAGAUGGCAGCCGAGCAUCACCCACAUACUGAGCCUCUCAGUACAGAGCAGUAUCGGGCUUCGCGGCCUAACAUCUGCGGGCCGGACUCUGGUCCUGAGGAACCGUUUCCUAUCGUGAUGUACGGGCUUGUGCAGCCGGGAUUUGGCAGAGGGUCGAAGGAGCUAGGAUGCCCAACAGCUAAUCUUCCAGAUGACGCAAUCGAGCUCAUGGCCUCCAAAUGCCAGCACGGGAUCUACUACGGCUACGCGCGCGUGCACCAGCCGCCACACGGAAAGCCCGGAGACCUAGAAGAGACAGAGAUCGAAGUGUACCCUAUGGUCAUGAGCCUGGGAAACAACCCGUACUACAACAAUGAGAAGAUGACUGCUGAAGUGCAUGUGAUACACGAAUUUGAACAUGAUUUCUACGGGCACGAAAUAUCUGUUCUCGUGCUCGGAUACAUCAGGCCAGAGCUGGAUUACACCUCACGUGAUGCACUCAAAGAAGAUAUCGCUACCGACAUCCGAGUAACACUGAACUCCGUCGCCCGUCCGACGUAUAACAAGUACAGGGAGGACGCUCACUGGACUCGAGCCCAGAUCCGAUGAUGGAGCUCUCAUCGCAAGCUUUGAGGGUCAACUUGGAUGGAAGGAAGUGGUUGGGCGACCGAUGCGUGACGUACGAGAGGAGAAGAUGUAUCAAUUAGCUGAUAUCUGAUAGACCGGUGAUUGCAACCUAGAGGGCAAGCAUCCAUCUUACCCAACCCAAAUAAGUAGCAAAUGUUGCCGUGUGCUCGGUCAUCGAAUAUCCCCAUAAAAUCUCUGCACAUCACACCUGCAGAUGCUCGCAUUGUGUUGCGUUGCUGAGGUAGGCGGGGGAAAUCAUAACCGUGGUACGAACCGCCUGAAACGGAACCACCACAUCGCUACUCCUGCUAAGAGACCACCGACAUGCCCCGCAUUAUCGAUUCCUCCCACGCCCACUUUACCACGUCCCUGAUAGAACAUGCAUCCCAGUUCAUAGAGGAAUACCCCGCCCAUACAGGCCCAUGCCGGGAGGGGGAUGAUCCCGAACAAAGCGAACUGCGCGGUGGGGAAGACACACGCAUACAGGGAGAGCGCGGCGUACGUCGCCCCGCUCGCGCCUACGGAUUGGCCAGGCUUGUUCCCCCGCCAGUAGAUAGAGACGAGGGAGGAGAUUGCUCCUCCUACGAGGUAGACGCCGAGGAAUGGGGAAACGCCGAACGUCGCUAUGAGUGUCGGACCGGAGAGAUAGAGGAUAAGGCAGUUGACGCCGAGAUGCAUCGUGGAGAUUUGAGAGAAGGAAGUCGUUAGCAGCGUCCACCUGCGCCCUCUUUGCCAGUUAUCCCACGAACUCAUAAAGUUCCUCAUCAUAAACUGAAGUAACUUCUGGUCGUUAAACCUUUGCGCGUUCGUGAUAGCGACAUUCCAUUGGAUCCAGACUGCGACGUUGAUACCUAUGAUGAUCCAGAUGAUCCAGCUCGGGGGGACGGCGUCCACCUGUCGGCGGAAACGGGUCCACCAG